AUGGCUCUCUUAACCAAGAACAAAUUAGGUUUUGUUGAUGGUUCUCUUGCACGUCCACUGGAAAAUGAUCCUACAUUUCCAGUUUGGCAGCGUUGCAAUAUGAUAGUUUUAUCUUGGAUUCAUCGUUCUAUCAGUAGUUCUAUUGCGCAAUCCAUACUGUGGAUAGAUAGAGCUAGUGAUGCUUGGUUUGAUCUUCGAGGAAGAUUUUCUCAUUCUGAUAUUUUUCGAAUCUCUGAUUUACAAGAAUACAUAUAUAAAAUGCAACAAGGUGAUCGUUCUGUUACUGAGUUUUUCCCUCAGAUGAAGAUCAUGUGGGAUGAACUCGACAAUUUGAAACCCUUACCUGCUUGUAGCUGUGCUGCUCAAUGCACUUGUGGAGGUUAUACCUUGAUGCGAACAUAUAGGGACCGUGAUCAGGUGGUUCGUUUUCUCAAAGGUUUAAAUGAGCAAUAUGCUCCUGUGAGAUCUCAAGUGAUGUUCAUGGAUCCUUUUCCCAAUUUAAUACGAGUUUUCUCUCUGAUUAUGCAACAAGAGAGACAAAUGCAUUGUGAAAUUUUACCUGAUCUCACAUCAGAAUCUAGAGCUUUCAAUAGCUUUUCUGACAAUUCCCAAAGACAGAAUUUUGGUCGUGGUAGGGGUCGUGGAUCCCCUUCUUUUUUCAAUAAGGGACGUGGUCCUACUAAAAUUUGUUUCAAGCCCAGAGUUUCAUCCAAUGCUAAUCUCGUUUCUCAAACUGAUGCUGAUGUCAUUGACAGUGGUGAUAUUCCUGAUGCCAUGGUCACCAUUCCUCAAGAUGAAUAUCAAAAUUUGAUUAAGGGUUUGCAAUUAAGUUCUUAUGUUGAAGAAACUCCUCUCAGUUCCACCAAUCUUGUUCGUACUGCUGUUUUGAACACUAACACAGUCAACCCUACAGCUGAUCAGAUUGAAGGAUUGUAUGUGAUGAAGUCUUCAAGUAGAGAAAAAGGCUUCAAGGAUUUCAAGAUCUUGAAGAAUUCUUCUUCUUCUUCUAUUUUUUACCAUUCUGCAAAUAAUACUGAUGCUUCUAGCCUAUGGCAUCAUAGAUUAGGUCAUGUACCUUAUUCUACUUUGAAAAAUAUGGCUAUCAAAUUUCCUUUCAUUCUGGCUAAGGACAUUGAUCCUUGUGACACUUGUCAUUAUGCUAAACAACAUAAGUUGCCUUACUCCUACAACAAUACCAAAACUACUUGUAUUUUUCAAUUGAUUCAUGUAGACAUUUGGGGUCCAUAUUCUAUUCCUUCCAUUCAUGGUCAUAGAUAUUUUUUAACUAUUGUUAAGGAUUUUUCUCGUUUUACUUGGGCCUUGAUGUUAAAAACCAAGAGUGAAGCUAGAAAGGCUUUACAGAAUUUCAUCAUUAUGAUUGAAAAUCAAUUUCAGAAAAAUGUCAAAUGUGUAAGAUCUGACAAUGGAGCAGAAUUUGCUAUGACAUCAUUUUAUCAAGAAAAAGGUAUUUUACAUCAAAGGAUUUGUGUUGAAAAUCCUCAACAAAAUGGUGUUGUUGAGAGAAAACAUCAACACAUCUUAAAUGUAGCUAGAGCUCUCAUUUUUCAGUCUCAUCUCCCUCUACCAUACUGA